CGGUGUAGUCGUCGUCGGCUUGAAAAGGAGACGAUGCGGCGGAAGGUUUCGGUCAUUUUGAAAAUUUAAAUUCUGUCCAUGAAAGUUAUUUAACUUUUCCUGUGUAAAAGUGCUAUUGAUUUACACCAUUCCUUGGAGAAGCAGCAAUUGAUCUUGCGGGCAAGUUAAUUGAGAUAAGUGCGUGUCUGUCCGAGGUGCCAGGGUAGUGGAAAUCGAAGGUGCCGGAAAAAGUGUGAAUCCCGUCAAUAUUGCCAGGUAAACAAGUUUGGAAGUGAAAAAAAAAACCCGAGUGCCAGUGACCCGGGCUGGGAGCGGGAUGGAUUCUGAUGAUGGAAGCACAACCAAGGGUAAGGGACGUGGUCGGGGUCGUGGUUCUCGGGGUGCGUCACGGGCUCGGGGUCGAGGACGUGGCCGGGGACGCGGCAAGAAAGCUUCCCGUGUUAUUUCUUCCGACGAAGAGGAGGACAUUGGUUCCCCGGAGCCGGAGAAAGAUUCAAACGAUUCGGCCGAAAUCGCUUCCCCGCCGAAGGACAAAUCACAAACGGAAGGGGAUUUGAUGGCGGAACCGAUGCUGGAGAAGGAUUUGUCCCUGGAGGAACCGACCACGACGACGGCCGGGGCUGGUUCGAUUGUUAUCGAUAUGGAGGCCGAUAUUUCACAGCUGGAGGCACCGACUUUCACCACCAUUUCCCGAGGGCCACCGGAACCGAUGCUCAGAUUGGACUGGGACCACAAGGUCAAUCUGAUUGGGGAGAAGGUCCUCAACCCGAUGAUCUACAUCUGCGACCAGUGCGACAAACCCAUCCUCAUCUACGGUCGGAUGAUUCCCUGCAAGCACGUGUUCUGCCUCCGCUGUGCCCGCUCGGAGAACCUCAAAAUCUGCCCCCGCUGCAAGGAGAAAGCGGUCCGGGUGGAACAAACCAAUCUUGGCACCGUGUUCAUGUGCACCCACGGAGGCACCCGGUACGGUAGCAGCGGCUGCCGACGAACGUACCUUUCGCAGCGGGAUCUUCAGGCCCACAUCAACCAUCGGCAUGUCACGAAUCCACCACAACCCGUCCCUCCACCGCCGCUAACGGUGGUCCAGCAGCAGCAACAAUCCAUCACGGGACCGGUGACACCGUCGUCCCAGAUUCUGGACCCCAAGGUGUCCUCGGUAGUUGCCGGGGUUGGAAGUUCCCCGGUUCGGAAAAAUUCCAGCGAACAAAUGAACUCACCACGAGCUUCCGCUCGGGAUCGGGAACUGAACUACGCCACCAGUGGAUAUGGUUCAACCAAUUCCGCUACCCAACUGAUACACAGUAUGUCGAUAGCUCCCCAAACGGCCCAUCUGACCGGCGGUGGAGGUCGAUCCAGCUAUACUCAACAACAAUCGUCACCGCAGCACUCGUCCAUCGCCAGUUCGGUUGGGGGGACCGGUUCCGGAACGACGGCGCCACCACCCUCCUGGAAUCAAUCCUCAGCAUCAUCAUCCUCCUCCUCGCAGUACUACCGAUAGGUUUUCGGUAGCGUUUUCCGAACCAACCAUUUCUGUCUGUGUCCGUCGGGUUCAGUUGAAAAGAAUUUUCAGCCACAAGGCUUGGGAUUGGAUUCAUCAUUUCAAAGUGCUGUCGCCGGCUAUAGAACAGUAGUUUAACAAAUUUCUAAGAGGUAUUGGAGCAAUUUGUCUGUUCAAGAUUACGUGACAGAGAUCAUACGCGAGAAGAUGAAGAGCGACAUCUGAUUUGAAUCAUUUUCGCAAUUCAUUAUGUUUUUCAUAAUUAGAUAGAUAUUGUCGCUUUUCUAAAAUAAAUGUAAGCGCAAUGUAUUGCCGCUACGUUUACGUUUGACCAUUUUCUUAUAAGUUUUAAGUUCUAUUUGAAAUGAAGUUAUUUUUUGCUAAACCGAAACAAUCAGUUUUUUAGGAGGAUCUCGUGACUUGAAAAAUUGUAAGCAUCUUACACAAAAUUUGUCUAGAAAAACUUCUUAUCCAUUCUCUCAAUGAAUAAGAAAAUAAAAAAAAUCAUAGGAAUGUGCAACGAUUUGAAAACAAAACAAAAAAAAACCGAACCCGCAAAGUAGAUUCAGUGAUGGUGUUUUUCACAACUUUUUAAACACAACGUUAUUGACCCGUGAAAAAACCAAGAGGGUAAAUGACUAAAUAUAUUUUCUUAUUAUUUAUGUCUUAACAAUGAUGAUGCAAAAUAAAUAUAAUAAGACUAAGCGUA